AUGAGUUUAAAAGAAAUAGUUACCAUUUAAAACAUCUUCGAAGCACUCUAAUCUGAUGAGGCAGAAAAACAAUUAAGAAAAAAGAAAUUAUUUGCUUUCAUUAUAGAUGCUUCUUAACCAAAAAGACUUUAAGGUUAAGGUGAUUACAUGUAAAUGAUUAAAAUUAUGGAUGACUCAUAUAAUGGAUAUCUAACUCUAUUUUAUUUUUUCAAAUCUCUUUCUGAUGCUGCUCCUUUAGAUACAAUUGGAGAUAUUGUCUUUCUUAAAAGAUAUCAUUAUCAAUUAUUUAAUGGUGAACCUUAAGGAAGAAGAAAUAGUUUCAAAACAUCAUAUUUUUUAUUAUUUGAUGCUUCUACAUUGCAAUUAAAAUUCAAUCCUAAUGAUAGUUCAUAACCAUCCAGCGAAGAAUUAGAAUAUAUAUAAAAACUUUCACAAUAUAGUUAAUAAUAUUUAUCUUUGAAUAGCUGUAAGUUUAAUAAUAUAUUUAGUGCUUAAUUUAUUUUGGUAUGGAACUACUAAUCCAAUAUUUGAUGGAUUGUUUUAGAUUAAAGAAUUAAAAGAAAAUAAUAUUGUUUUAUUAAAUGAUUCUAAAAAUGAUCAAUAUAUCUUAUUAUGUAAAGCAUUGGUUGAUUUAGAAAUACAAUAAGGUGCUAUUAUUAAGAUUAGAAAUAUACAAAUGUAAUUUCAUUCUUUAUUACAAUUAGUUCCAAUGAUAAUGAGAUAUUGAUUAAUGAUAAAUCAAAUAUUAUGAUGUUGCCUAAUUUUUGUUAUGAUGUUUAACAUUUUGAUGAAAUUAUUUAAACUUUUCCCAAAAUAGAUUUUCAAAAGGAAAAUUAUUAAUAAAUAACAAUAGGAUCAAGUAAAACAUUAAUUAAUAAAUUUGUUUAGUUACUUAAAUUAAGAAAAAAUACGAAAAUUUAUAAUAUGUUCCUUUAAUAAAUCUGAUAAAAAAAUAAGUUCAAGAUAAUAUUAUUGUAAUAUAAGGAUAAAUUUAAAGCAUCUAACCUACUUAAAUAGAAGAAGCUUUCAUAUAUUAUAAUAAAUUUAAAUCUUUUUCUUACAAAGAAGUCAAAGCAAAUAAUUUAUAAAUAUCAGGACUUCAAAAAACGUUACAAAUAUAGAUCAAUUUAAGAGAUGCUUCAUUAGAGGGAACAGAUUUUAUAAUUCAAAUAUUAAUUUUUGACAAUUCUUCAUUCUUUCCAUUUCCUAUAGUUUGGGAUAAUAUUGAAUAUAUGUAAACUGAAUAUGAAAAAGUAAUGAAUAUUAUGAGAUUAUUAAGUUACUAGAAAAGCUGAUACUUGAAUAAGAUUAGACACAUGAUUUUGUUCUAGAAAUAUUAGAUUCCCCUGAUACAAUCAUUUAUAGAGUAAUUGAUACAAAAAUAAUUUAUUGA